GCGUUGACAAUACAUUCCAACCAGGACUUUUAUUUGUUAAUUACCGUAGCUGUCGUGCUCUCCCAGCAUGCGUGGAUUGCAGUGUAUUCAGAUUGUUUACCUGGAUUAAGCCAAAUUGACCACACCAGGUUUGGAUAGUGCUUGUCUGAUGAUUGAGCCAUCGGCGUGCUUCUCCCGGGAUGGGUUGCAUUAUGCACAUGAUAAAGUUGAGAAAUAGAAACGGGUUUCAGCAUCUGCCAACACAAGGAUGCUCCUACUGGUGACAGCGUUGACGGCGAUUAAUCGGUGAAUAUGUCCAUCCCAAGAAAGGAACGGAGGCCAACGCAUGAAUUUUUGUCCGAACUGUCUGUUUCUCAAAAACAGCGGCUAUCAACGGAGAAACACCAUCUGAAAGUACGGUUGGACAAGCUGGACGUACAACGAAGACGAUCAUUGGAAGUUAUAGAUAGUGAAAGACGUAUGAUAUGUAACAGCUUACAACUACAGCAGCAGGAUCAAAAUAGACUACGGAAUCGCCAACGUUCGUCAAAAGCGGACAGAAGAAACGGAAAUGAAUCUGGACCAGAGGUUUCACAUCCGGGUUAUGUCCGCAUGUCACCGACACCGGAAUCCAUAUCGAUUUCUCGUUCAAUUUCUGUCGACUUGGGAAAAAAUGGCCGUCGCUUGUCGGUUCCUCCGUCCAGAGACCACCUUCCCAAGUCAGCCGAUGCCACCAAGAACCGGAAUUCAGACCUUCAGGAUGUAGAGAGGGCAAAAAGAGCAAUGAGUCCAGCAAGAGUUCUCUCCCUUGUUCAGAGACGUAACAGCGACACAUCAACCUUGACCUCUCUAAGCGUCAUCUCGAGAUCAAGCGGAAAGGGAUUUACGUUUUCACAGACACCUGAAACAGAUAAGCUAGCCCAAAAGAUUGUUCAUAGUGACGGCGAUUCAAGGAGGAGGAUGUCCAUGCCGACGUUGUUCCCAAGCCUGAACACGUGUGGCUCAGCCAAACUACAGUCCUCGCGAUCUCUCGACGCAGACGCGGGCACACCGAGAUCAGUGGAAAGACGUCUUUCCUUAAAUACUGACAGGGGUCGGAUUCUACGUCGUCAUAGCAUCAAGAAAACACAAGAUGGCGCUGUAGACAAAAUGGCGGGGAUGCACAACGUGUUGCAAAGAUCCGCUAUCUUCCAGAUUCAGGAAAACGAGGGUCCUGACGAAAAUGAGAUGAAUGGGUCGUGAACGACAAAUUGAACUAAUGCUUAUUCAUAUCAUCUUCCCGAGGCAAGGGAAUUUACUGACUAUGAAAGUCCAGUGUCCAUCCUUGCUAAACUAGACUGGAAUUUCGGAGUAAUAUUUUGGCUGGACUAACGAGUCUAUGCAUAGUCCAAUCAUCGGUCGACAUCCGGUUUGAGAAGAUCUCUUUGUUGGUUGUUUAACGUCGCACUUAGCAAUAUUCCAGCUAUAUGACGGCGGUUUGUAAAUAUUCGAGUCUGAACCAGACAAUCCAGUGAUUGACAUCAUGAGCAUCCAUCCACGAAUACGAUGACAUGCAUAAACCAAGUCAGCGAGCCUGACCACCCAAUCCCGUUAGUCGCCGUUGCAGGAUUUGCGUAGACAGAUCGGCGUCAACAGAUAUUUUUUAUGUUUUUAUUCAAGGUAUUCACCUGAUUUGAUGCACUUCGCGAAGUAAGACCCGUUUUAUUACAAGAUAGAUUUGAUUAUCGAUCAGAUGGUCUUUACUGGGUGCCGCCAUUUCGUUUCGAUAUGAGAGGUGGAAUCUGAGGGUCAAUAGAGGGACAUAUAAGGGACAUAACUCGUAAUGGACACCGGUGGCGCUGCGAUCGAGCCAAGAACUCCAGGCCGGUUCGGCAAGGGUGGAAACUGGACUUUCAUUGUCAGUGAUCACCCUUGCCUUGAGAAGAUGAUUCAUGUGUGUGGGUAUUGUAAAUACGUAUAGACAUUGGAUAAUUUAACGAGUGAUACACGUUAAUGUGUAUUCUAAAUUGUAUUUCUACAUCACAUUCCUGCUCUAUUAAGCAAAAAUAAAAGAGAAAGAAAAAGAUUUGCAAACAAGUUCUUUCGUCGAGUAAUCUUCUUUUGAUGGAGUAAGACUUUACGACGCUUCGAACAGUAUUUCAUUUUUAUCACAUCCAGACCAAGGAAAGACAAAAAUGAAGUUAGUCGCAGAAAAAAGGGUCCUCAGGAACCUAUGCUUGUCGUAAGGCGAGUAAAUGGUUCGAAUGGUCAGGCUCAGUGACUUUGUUGACUGCAUGUCAUUGUGUCAGAAGGUCGACACUUGUACGUGGGUCGACACUUGUGAUGUUAAUCACUGUGUCGACAACGAACAAAACUCACAAAUGCUAUUUCUGUAACAUUGAGAAAUAAAGAUCAGACAGUCAUACGAAAAGUAUGUCGAGUGAGUGAGUUAUUAGCUAACGUCGCAUUCCAUUCACAGACAUAUGGCGAAUAUUAUACUUUUAAUACUUUAACUAUUUUUAAUACAACUAAUUCAUACUAAAGGAUGGAAGUGAGUGAGUGAGUUGGG